GCCUGGGGCGCGGCCGUCGGUGCCCUGCGCUUGGCUGCCGUGGACCCCGCUGCGCUCCCGGCUCUCUCCGCGCCCCAGACCUGGUUAUUCCAAAGUGGAUUGUUUUGAAAAUAAAGUACCCUGUGAAGACAUCAGAGGGAUUCACUCCUGUCAUCUUAAGUCUCUGAAGGCAGAGCUGGUUGCACUUUUCUUUUAGAAAGUUUUCCUGGGAAGUUUACUCUCCCGCAGUGAAACCUUGACUCUCAGGAUGAUCCUGUCUAACGCCACGGCUGUGACACCCUUGCUGACCAAGCUGUGGCAGGGGACAGUUCAACCGGGCAACAACACAUCCAACCUGGCCCGCAGGUCCCUGGGCCACGAUGAUGGCAAGCUGGCGGCACUCUACAUCCUCAUGGUGCUUGGCUUUUUCGGCUUCUUCACCCUGGGCAUCAUGCUAAGUUACAUCCGCUCCAAGAAACUGGAGCACUCCCAUGACCCGUACAAUGUGUACAUCGAGUCUGACACCUGGCAGGAGCAGGACAAGGCGUACUUCCAGGCCCGGAUUCUGGAGAGCUGCAGGGCAUGUUAUGUCAUUGAAAACCAGCUGGCUGUAGAACGACCCAAUGCAUACCUUCCUGAGAUGAAGCUGUCAUCCUGACCCCGAGACUGGUCGGAAUUGGACAAAGCCUCCCUGAUGAUCUGAUUUUUCCAAUUAUAUGUUCCUUAUAUUCUU